AAAAAAAGGAGUCUCUCCUUUCCCUGGGAAGAUCGCGCCCCGUCUUCUUCAAUCCGCCCUACCAACUUGUCCGAACCUCUCUCUCUCUCUCUCUCUCUCUCUCUAGCGUUCUCGAGUCCGGCGUCAUUCGGUCGGAACUCCGUCCGUUCGCCGCCUCUGUGCGGCGAUCUCCUCCUGGCGGUUCCGGCGAGAAGCCUGCUUGCGUGGGGAAUCCGGUCGGCGAGCUCGAUCGCGUCGCGCGGGGCCCCCCGGCUUCUGGAUGAAAUCCGAGGACCCCCGCCGAUCCCGAUGGUGGAUUUGUGCUGCCCCCUCCGAGGCGCGUGCGAGCGGUGCUAUAUCUGGUUCCCCUGCCUCGCCGAUCCCGCUCGGAGGUCGUCGUUGCUGUUGAAGGUGGCGCUGGUGGUGCUGCAUCUUGUCUACGCGGGCGUCGUCUUUCUGUUUGAUAGGGAUUUGAUAGAGAAAGCACGGAAGGAGCCCUGGUAUAUUGCUUUAUAUCUACUUCUCUUUGUGGCAACUUUGAUUCAGUACUUCGUGACAGCUUGCUCUUCUCCUGGAUAUGUUCUUGAUGUGAUGAGAGCUGUCAAUGAAGCAAAUGCCAUGUUCACAAGUCGCUUCAAGCAAAGACAAACUGCUUCUAGCAAAAAUGGGGGCUUUGUAGUUUCAUCGGAUGGUGAUCAGUUGGGGAGAAAUUUGUUAGGAAGUAAUUCCACAUCUUGGUCAAAGAUGGUGAUGGACUUGUAUCCCCUCGGGAUGUCUACAAGAACUUUAACUUGUUCCUACUGUAAUGUUGAGCAGCCACCACGAGCAAAGCAUUGUCAUGAUUGUGAUAGGUGUGUUCUUCAGUUUGAUCACCAUUGUGUCUGGCUAGGAACCUGCAUUGGGCAGGGAAAUCAUUGUCGAUUUUGGUGGUAUAUUUGCGAAGAGACUGCAUUAUGCAUUUGGACUGUGAUCUUGUACAUUACAUACUUGACAGCUGACAUAUCAAGGGCUUGGUGGAAGGAUGCAGUCAUGAUCUUGCUGUUGAUUUUUCUGUCAAUUUCCUUGAUUUUCUUGUUCCUCCUGUUGCUCUUCCAUAGAUCUGUCUCUCUGGUGUCAAGUGCUACAUCUAAGUUCCAAUGUGAAAGGUCAGUAGGGCUGCCUUCUUCCUGCUGUCUUGACUAGCAGGCCACUUAACUCCCAUAUGAGAUUGCUCUUCCCAAUGGCUGUGGGAUUGAACACCUGGUCUUUUGAACUCUACUUACUCUACGAAAGAACAUGAAUAUACAGUGACGAAAACUUCCUAGAGGUGGACAUCCUAGAGGUAGGGAUUUUCAGUUUUUAUCUUACUUAGUGAGCCUGGGUAGAUCAAGGCUCCAGUAGACUGCAGUUUGGUUGGCUUUGUUCUGGGCUGAAGUGCUAAUCUUCAGUAUGGAGAAAUAAGGGAGGGAGGGAGAAUUGUCAAGGGAGGGAGAAAGGGACCCUCGGCUAAUUUUAGAAAUUAGUCGAUAUAGUUGAACUGUAAUAAAAAUUGUCACAAAGCGAUUGCUUUAAAUUUCUUUCGAUAUGACUUGCUGGGGGGAGAGAGGGUCCCUCGGCUAAUUUGAGAAAUUAGCGAAUAUAGCUGGACUGUAAGGAAAAUUGUCACAAAGUGAUUGCUUUAAAAUUCUUUCAAUAUGAUUUGCUGGGUUAUGUGUUUUUGAAAGGUUUUGGUCUUAAUGUUUAUGCUCUUUUGUUUGUUUAAGCAUUGAUUAGAGAUUGCCACUCUUAUUUCAUUUUCA